ACAAGAAAUCCUAGCCGUAGAAAUUAUCUUCAGAUUAACGUGAAAUGUUCCAAUUACAGCAGCAAUCUUCAUUAACCUACUUCCCUAACUCCUCGAAUUUGUUCCCCAAUUCUCUAUUAUCGUUCCCUCAAACACCAUCACUUCCCUCUCAGGCACUCUUGUUCCCUCCGGUAACCGACCUGUAUGCCUCCCUGGGCCAGUUAACCUUAACCAAUGUUGAUUUCGAACCCCAGGCUCAAUUUUGUGAGGACCCAAAUGCUGAUUCCCGAAGUUGGAUCCCUAAACAGGCUGAUUCCAUUAGAUACGAUGCUACUUCAUCGGUAGCCGCUUUGAAUUCCAUAGGUAACAAUGAUUUGAUGAAGAAAUCUUUGGUGAAUAAUAUAAUAGGAAGCUUGCCGAAUCAAAGCAGCCCGAUUCGACAAUUGCGGUGUGAGGUUUGUAAUGUUGUGUGCAAAACAAAAGAUGUUUGCGAGAGCCAUCUUGCAGGAAAGAAGCACCUGAGGAAUUUGCAAGAGAUGAUAAAUCCCAUUACCUCAAUAUUUUCGGAGACUUGUAACACUAUCAAUAACGUUGGUAUCAUGGGCCAAACAGGAAAUGUUGGUGGGCAGUUGGUAUUCAGGUCCUCUGGUGUGGAAAACGUCCACGAGUUGGAGAGAAAGAGGCAACAGCUUCUGAAUGCCGGGACUCCUAUUGGUUCCGUUCAGAUGUGCACCAUAUGCAAUGUUGCUUGUAACAGUCAUGAUGCGUUCAUUAAACAUCUUUCUGGAAGAAGACAUGCUACUCAGGCCGGUUUAAUAGGCAUCGACGGGAUUGGACCUUAUCUUGCUUCCAUCCGAGCUAAUGAUCAAUUUUGGAAUAAAGGCAAGAAGGUGACUAAGAAUAAGAUCAAUCAACCUACAUGGUGUGGAGUCUGCCAAAUCAGCUGUACCAGCACCGAUGUCUUCGCAAAACACUUGUCCGGGAAAAAACACCUGAAGAACCUCGAGAAUUUGGAAAAAUAUAAGAACAGCACGUGUUAUUCAUCUCCGAUUGAUACACCGAUUGCUACUAAUCUGAUUAUUGGAACAGCAGAGAACCCAUCUGCCGAUGGUUGCAGUAGUGUUAAUGUACAUAAAUCAGAAAAGAUGAUAGUGCAGUCCGAGGCACUGAAAGAGGAUUUGGAGACGAAGAAAAAAGUGGUGGAGGGCGGAGCCGCUGCCACUGCGGUAAGGGUGUGCAUUAUUUGUAAUGUAGUAUGCAACAGUCCGAAGGUCUUCGACUAUCAUCUUACCGGACAAAAGCACGCUGCCAUGGUAAAGAAACUAGCCGAAUAGAACACAGACGGCCAUAUCUCAAACCAGGUAACUAAGGGCGUAGAUGGAGAAUUUGUGGGAUUAUUGACUAUUGCACUUCAUGUGUUUCGUCGUGUUCUU